AUGGAUAAUGCUUUGUUGUCUGACAAAAACCUUAAAAAGCCCUCCAAGCCGGCUUAUUAUGGAACAGCGGGGUAUAGGUCAAAAACUUCCGACUUGAAGAACAUAUUGUGUAGGGCAUCUCUCAUAGCUUAUCUACGGUCUACGACAUUUGCGGGAAAGAUUGUCGGGGUGAUGAUCACUGCAAGCCACAAUCCUAUUGAAUACAAUGGAAUUAAGAUCAUUGAUCACAAUGGAGACAUGCUGGACGAGGUAUGGGAAGAAUACAGUGACAAGGUUGUGAACUGUGAUGACGAGAAGCUUCCUAGAGAGAUGAAAAAGAUCCUAAGAUCUUGUAGCAACCAAAGUGAGCUGGGAGAGGGUGUGAGGGGGCAUGUGGUUCUCGGAAGAGACGCCAGAGACAGUGGAGAAGAACUAUGUAAUAAUAUCAAGUCUGUGUUGAGUAAAUUGAAUUGUGUGGUAGAUGAUUAUGGAGUGGUGACUACGCCUGAGCUCCAUUUUCUUGUAAGAAAGUGCAAUGUAGAGAACAAGGUUGUUGAUAAGGAAGAAUACUUAAAGAACAUUGCUCGGAACUUCACCAAACUACUUUCCCUGACAAAAGGGAAUCUCAAGAUGAUGAUAGAUACUGCAAAUGGGGUAGCAGGGAUGAAAAUUAAGAACCUGGACGAAAUGCUUGAAGGUAAGCUGAACUGUGAGAUUCUGAAUGAUCCUAAAGGCAUUCUGAAUUUGGACUGUGGUGCAGACUUUGUCAAGACAAAGAAAAGGGCACCAAAGCUGGAAGUAUUUGAUUCCGGCAGGUUUUCUCGCCCACCAAAUGGAAUCUGUGCUUCUUUUGAUGGAGAUGUAGACAGGCUCAUAUUCUUUACAGGUCCAGGGGACACGGAGAUAUUUGACGGGGACUCCCAAGCAGUCUUUCUGGGCCUUUACAUAAGAUCUCUUCUUGAGAAGAUUGGGUCUAAACUUAGUAUUGGUGUGGUACUUUCGUACUAUUCAAACAACGCAGCUGUUGAUGCUCUUCCCUCUUCCUCAUUCAAAGUCGUGAUGGCUCAGACUGGAGUCAAGAACUUUGUGAGUCCAGCAAGGAAGUUUGAUGUCGGAAUAUAUUUUGAGCCCAAUGGACACGGAAGUGUGUGCUUUUCACAGGCCUGCAUAGAUGAGAUCGAAAGGGGGAACAGUGAACAUCAUAUGAUCCUUAAGUGCUUGGCCAACCUAUUUGAUCCAUGCAUUGGAGAUGCGCUUGCUAACUUCAUGGUUUUCCGGGCACUCAUGACCAAUCCAAAUGACCUUAAGAAGUUCAGAGAGAAUCCGAGUAGGCUCCUCACAGUUAAGAUAGUAGACAAGAAUAGCAUUAAGGUUGACCAAAAGAACCAAGUUAUUGAGCCAAAAGAGCUUCAGGAUAGGAUCGAUGUGGAAGCAUUGAGUCUUGGGGGAAGGUCUUUUGUCAGACCCUCUGGAACAGAAGAUGUCGUGAGGGUUUAUGCUGAAUGCUCGACAGAGGCAGAUGCAGAUCUUCUUUGCCUUAAAGUUGCACAGCAUGUUUAUGACAUGUGCAGCGGUGUUGGAGACCAUCCAGAGAUUGAUUACACAAAUAAAUGA